AUGGCUUCAUCGUUGAUACCUGCUAUUCCAUCAUCGGAAGAAGUUUAUCUUGCUCCUGAUGCCAUUAUUAAAGCCUUUAGUUUUACUUUUGUUGUUUAUGAAAAGGGAAAUGCACUGUCUUUUAUAUUUGCACUGUGUGCUCUCAUUCCGAUUUUUAUAGUGGUGGCAAUGGCUGUAGUCUUUUUUGUAAAUAGAGAAUAUCAAUCGUUAUUUAUCAUACUUGGAGUUUUAGUCAAUGAAACGGUGAAUGAUUUUUUGAAACACCAUUUUGCACAGGAUCGACCACCCAAUUUAUUGGUGGCAAAAUUUAGAAAUGUGGAUCCUACUACAGCCACAGAGUUAGUGGAACAUUUUGGAAUGCCCUCUUCACACAGUCAAUUUAUGUUUUUCUUUGUUUGUACGGUAUUGUGCUGGUUUAAAGUGAGAUCACGACAGUGGAAGAAUGUGACAUUAUUGGGUUUAUUUGGAUUGGCAUCUUUGGUAGCAUAUUCACGAGUUGCCUUGCAUUAUCACACAGUUUACCAAGUAUUAGCAGGAAGUUUUGUUGGACUUGUGACUGGAAAUUUAUGGAGAUUAUUCAUUGCCCGAGUGUUGGAGCCAAAGCUCAUUCCUUUUCUGGAUUCAUUUAGCUUUUUGAAAGACUUUUUGUGCUUGCAUUCAAAUGAAAAUAUUGAAUCAACAGUUGAAUUUCAAGCAUUAUCGGCACGGAGUCUUGGCAAGAAAAUUAAAUAA